AUACCGGCCAGGUGUUGGGCGGAAGGUCAGGGGUCAGCGCCAGGCGGCCGUUACAAGAUGGCGGCCGCUCCUUCCAGAAAGAGUUUGGAGCUUUUCGUGUCGCGGAUCCCGUGGACCCUGGCCGGCAAAGAAAUCAAAGAAUAUUUUGGACAGUUUGGACCAGUCAAGAAAUGUCUUCUUCCAUUUGACAAAGAGACUGGAUUUCAUAGAGGAUUCUGUUGGGUUGGCUUCAAUACAGAAGAAGGGCUUCAGAAUGCACUACAGAAGGAACCACAUCUUAUAGAAGGGGCAAAGCUUCAAGUUCAGAGAAACAAAAUUGUUUCAAGGGCACAGACCAAAAUAAUAAAGUCACCGAAUCAGCAAGUUGACACUGCGUGUGGAGGAUGCAGUUAAAGGUGUUUUGUCCUAAUUAAAUUAAAGAUGGCGAUUUAAACA